AUGCUGCAGCAAGGGUUCUACGACGCAACCAAUCCAGACAACUGUAGUGGCAGUGAAGCGAACAACAAUACGCCCUUCUCGGUGAAGGACAUCCUCAACAUGGUAGAAUCAGGUGGAGGUGCCGUGGAUGGAUACCUCAGUUGUCAAAUGGAAAGUUCGUCGAAUCACUUCUCCUAUCCCUCAUAUCCGGGCUACGAGGCACCGUAUCACUCCUCUUCCGAUCCGUACAGCAUGAUAUCGCACAGUUACCUUUCGCAAGCUCAUCACCAUCACGAUGUACCCUACGGACCGUCGUCGUACGAUUUCAGCUCACCGACGGGCCCUGCGAGUCAGACCAGUGGACAUCUGCCUCCUCCACAUUACUCUCACGUGCAACCCUUCGUUUACCACAAUGCACCUCUUACCGCCUCUUGCGUCAUCACUCCGCAAGCCACAUCCAGCCCUGCGCUCAGUUCCGUCGCUAGCUCCAAUGGCUCGGAACAGGAACAAUGCUACGAAGGAUCGACCAAAACCACCUCACUGUCCUGCAGUCUCAACGGAAGCCAGCAGUGCAGUUAUCAGCUACAGGACGUCAGGAGUAUCAUGCUCGGUGCAAGUCCAUCGUUGGACGAUAUGCCAACCACCGGUAGCAGCCCUGGCCACAAGAUCAAAGUGGAAUCCUUCACCACGACCGGCUCCACGACUUGUGUUACCUCAGAGCAUGUGCAAGAACUGGACAGUUUGUGCCAGAUGAACAACAAUAAUGACGACGAAAUUCGACAAAAAGAGAGCAACACCCAACUGGUAACAUCAUCGCGGUGUGAGCUAAGGAAGAAUGGGAAGCUACGCGCCAAACGGAAACCUCGGAUUCUGUUCUCUCAAGGGCAAGUGCUGGAGCUGGAGCGGAAAUUCCGUCAACAACGCUACCUGACGGCCCCCGAGCGCGAGACGUUGGCCAGCAUUUUGAAGCUAACACCAACGCAGGUGAAGAUCUGGUUCCAGAAUCGUCGCUACAAAUCGAAACGCGUGCAGAUAGAGGGUUCCCAUUCUUCUUCGCUAAAGUGUGACGGCAGUUCCAACAAAUGUCCUUCGGAUUCGUGCUCCAGCAGCAAGGACUAUGAAGAGCUAUCAUCGUUAGGAACCACAUCGGGCGCUUAUGGACCACCGGCGUUUCUUGGGAGCAGCGGAUCCGGUAGCUCCGGAUCUCUUGGCCUCACGGCUGGCCUUUCCUCGGCAUCAUCGUCAGGAACAGCUCAUCCACCUCCACCGCCUUACUCUGCCUAUGGUAUUCACUAUUCUGACCAGUACUCCACCCCGCCACCACUUCCAGCAUCCUCAGCUAACAGUUCGUUCUACGAGCAGAAGGCUACGUACUGGUAG